ACCAACAGGCAACGCCCCUCAUUCGCCGGGCAGAAUGACGUCAGUGGGCCUAAUCCAGGAAGUGGAAAAACAUCAACAACCCUUCCAGGGUCCAGGUUAAGGCGAAGUGUCCGAGUAGCUUAGCAGAGACGUAGCUUUAGCUUUAUUUUAUAAGAUAUCUCGCAUUUGUGUUUUGUCCUAAUAGUAAGCGCUGUGUAAUAUCCCAGACAUGUCGGUAUUUGGCAAGAUAUUUGGAGGAGGAGGAAAAUCGGGAAAGGGACCGAGUCCACAGGAGGCGAUCCAAAAACUCGGGGAGACGGAGGAGAUGCUAACCAAGAAACAGGAAUUUUUAGAGAAGAAGAUCGAACAGGAGCUGCAGACCGCAAAGAAAAACGGCACAAAGAACAAAAGAGCGGCACUUCAGGCCUUGAAAAGAAAGAAGCGCUACGAGAAGCAGCUCGAGCAGAUCGAUGGGACGCUGUCCACCAUUGAAUUCCAGCGGGAGGCUCUGGAGAACGCCAACACAAACACUGAAGUGCUCAAAAACAUGGGCUUCGCUGCCAAGGCCAUGAAGUCUGCUCAUGAAAACAUGGACAUUGACAAAGUGGAUGAACUGAUGCAGGACAUUACAGAGCAGCAGGAACUGGCCCAAGAAAUCUCUGACGCCAUCUCUAAACCUGUGGGCUUUGGUGAGGAGUUUGAUGAGGAUGAGCUGCUUGCCGAGCUGGAUGAGCUGGAACAGGAAGAGCUGGACAAAAAUCUGCUCGAGAUCGGUGGACCAGAGACCGCCCCUCUCCCCAAUGUGCCUUCGACUUCAUUACCUUCCAGACCUGCCAGGAAAGAGGAGGACGAGGACGACAUGGAGGACCUGCAGCGCUGGGCGAUGGAAGCCAUGUAAAUGCAGCAUCCGCCACAUCACACCUGCAUCGGAGAGGAAAGGAACAAGAGGGAAACGAAUGGACUGAUGGGAUGUUGUGUCUGAGUGUUUCUGUGUGUCUGAGAAGAGUGGACUGUCUACUUUAUGUGUAACACUACAAAACAAAAAAAAGCAACAAUGCUGUAGUCUUUCUUUUCCUUUUCCCCUUUAGAGACCCCCAAGGUGCUCAGUACAAAUGAGUCCGUGAGGGUCUGCUAUACUGGACAAAGUCACCUAAUAUUUUUACCCUCAACUUUAAUGCAGCACUUUGUGGUCCUUGUCGUGUGCCAUGCUGGUGGCCACAGAUUUCAUGUUGCAGGGUGGUGUUAUAAGCUGGAUGGUGCAGUAGAUGGAGUUAUUCACCAAGCUGUUGUCAUUGUUAACAUCGCUGGAUGAUUUUGGGGGGGAUUUUCAAGGAUGAUUAAUGCUUAAAAAAUCGAUUUCUCACUCUCCCGUUUACCUAUUUGUGGCAAUUUUUUUUUGUGUUUUUGUUUGUUUGUUUUUUUGUUUUUCUUGACAAAAUAACCCGUUGCUUCCUCGUCUUGUUAACUGCUCUGGAAAUGGAGGUGCAGCUGAGUGUGUGCUGGCUGAAGAAGCUUUGAGCUGUGUGUGUUUGCCAGAAUCCAAACCUCUUCUUUCAUUUCAGGUUGGGUUCUUCGACCUCCUGCCGCUCGCUCCUUCUUUGCCUCUCCCCUUACCCUCCCAACCCCAUCAGUGGUUCUCGUUCUUUGGUGUAAAUAUCCCAGCUGACUGUGUGUGUUUUGUUUUUUUUGUUUGUUUUGUUUUUUUAAGUACACUGCAUUACUGCUGCCAUUGAGCGCUUUGGUUGAUGCUGCGUGAAGCAUGCAACGGUGGGGAAAUCACGACACAGGUCACACCGCAGGGCUAGUAAGAGAGAUGUUUAACCUACCACUUUCAUCCUCCUCUGUCUGUGUCCCACUCAUAAAGGUUUUCAUUUCAAAAUGUAUGUUAAAAAGAAAAAGGAAAAAAAAAAGAAACUAGUAAUAUUAAACUAUUGUCACACCUUAUUAACUGCAUCCAGAGGGAGAUGGUGGUUUAUAAAAGAUUAGAUUAUAGCCAAUCUGCAACACAUGCAUUUCAGAGUUUAAAAGAGUUGAAUUCCUUUAGUUUUUCAGCAACAUGAUGUACAUUUUUUACAUAGAAAACGUAACACGAGGACAAAUGGAUAAGCAUGUUUGCAUUUCUAUGUUUUAUUUAUCCAGAUGAGAAUAUUAUUUGCGAAUCAUUAAAUGGUUUUCAAUUCUUUCA